ACGGUGCGAGGUGUUUAUACCUAUCUUUUCCCCCCCUCUUUCUUCUGCCUUGACCAGCUCUCUUAUUUACUGAGCUUGCCGAGGGUGACGCUUGUCCUUCCUGUGUAUUAUGAUGUGGAGCCUUCUCAUGUUCGCUGGCAAAAGGGGCCUUUCGAUGGAGCUUUUGUGGAUCACAAAAGUAAGAAUGGGAUUGAUGAGGCGACGAUUCAGAAGUGGAAAAAUGCCUUGAAAGAAGUUGCCGAUCUUUCUGGUUGGGAAAUGAAGAAUUACAGGACUGAAGCAAAUUUAGUAGAGGAACUUGUUAAGCAUGUUUCUGCGAAGUUGGAGUGCAAAACACCAUUUCAUGUUGCUUCUCAUCCUGUUGGGCUCGACUCUGGCAUUGUUGACAUGAUGGAACUCUUAGAUAUUGAUACUAAUGAUGCUCGGAUAGUUGGGAUCCAUGGAAUGGGUGGCAUUGGUAAGACCACUCUUGCCAAGGCAGUGUUUAACAAAAUACGUUCUAGCUUCCAAGGCACUUGUUUUCUCUCAGAUGUUAGAGAAUCUUCAAAAACAAAUGGCGGAGUUGUCACCUUACAGAAACAGCUUCUGAAGGAACUGUUUAACGAAGGAGAUCCAAGUAUAUAUAAUGUUGAUGGAGGUAUCUGUGUUAUUAAGAACAAGAUUGGGUCUAAGAAAGUUCUUGUUGUAAUUGAUGAUGUCGAUAGCGAGAAGCAGCUCGAAAAAUUGGCUAUUAACCGUGAUUGGUAUUAUCAAGGGAGUAGGAUCAUCAUCACUAAAAGGGAUGAGCAUGUCUUGAAUGUGAACAACAGAGUUGAUAAGUGUCAUAUCUACAAGCUCAAGGAAUUGGAUGGCAUAGAAUCUCUUCAACUCUUUAGUUAUUGUGCAUUUGGGAGGAAUGAACCCGUCCAAGAAUAUGCCAAACUCUCAUAUGAUGUGGUAUCCACUGCUAGUGGCCUUCCCCUGGCUCUUGAAGUGUUGGGAAGUUACUUUUGGGAUAAGACACCUGAAGAAUGGUAAGAGGCAGUAAAACAUUUGAAUACAAUAUCUGAAAAAGAUAUCAUACCAAAGCUGAGAAUAAGCUUGGAUGAUUUGAAUGAAGAAACGAAACAAAUAUUUCUUGACAUUGCAUGCUUAUUCAUUGGAUACGGUAGAAAUUAUGCAUUUGAUAUAUGGAAGGGUUGUGGUUUCCUUGCUUUAAAUUCCAUAAGAAACUUAUUGCAACGGUCACUUAUAAAGAUUGAUGAAAAAUGGGAUGUUGUAGAGAUGCAUGACCAAAUUCGUGAUAUGGGGAGACGGAUAGUUGAACUAGAAAACUUGGGUGAUCCAGGAAGGCGUAGUUGGUUGUGGUCUGAAGAAGAUGUUAUUGAUGUGUUGAGGUAUCACAAGGGUACUCGAAAGGUUCGAGGCCUAGUCCUUAAGGGGAACAAUCAGGGCCAUAGUUGGGAAACUGAAGCAUUUAAAUCAAUGACCAAUCUGAAGCUACUCAGCAUUACUGGUGAUGCAUCUGUGAAUGGGAGCCUCAAAUGUCUUUCAUCAGAAUUAGUGUGGCUACAAUGGCAUGGAUAUCCUUUGCAUUACCUCCCAGAUGGCUUGAGCUAUGAAAAGCUUGUUGUCCUUGACUUGUCAGAGUGCAGCGCUGUUAUUGACUUGUCAAACUACAUGAACCAGGUUUUCCCAAAGUUGAAGAGUCUUCAUCUCAACGAUUGCAAAAACUUGGAGAGAAUUCCUAACUGUCAGUUAUACCCAAACUUGGAGAAGUUGGUUCUCACACAGUGUGAAAAAUUGGUGGAGAUUCCUAAAUCUAUAGGCCUUCUACAGAAUUUAGUUUAUUUGAAUCUUUCUUUCUGCUCCAACCUCAAGGAACUGCCAGAUUCAUUGGGCUUACUAGCAAACCUAAAGGAGUUGAAUGUGUCUUGGUGCGAGACACUCAGUAGAUUCCCAGCAUCAAUGGGAAGGAUGAGGUUACUAUGUUAUCUAUAUAUGGAAGGACUUGCUAUGGCCACAUUACCUGAUGAUUUUGGGCAGCUUUCUAAUCUGCAAGAGUUGAUCAUUCGGGGAUGCAAAGACUUGAAAGACCUCCCAGAAAGUUUUGGAAGUCUCACAAGUUUAAGGACUCUCAACAUACAGUGGAAUAGCAGUUUGACAAGGCUUCCAUCUACUUUCUCAGGUCUUAGCUCCUUGGAAGAAUUGGAUGCAAGUGAAGGUAACCUGCAAGGGAUGAUUCCUGAUGACUUUGAAAAGUUGUCAUCAUUGAAAAUGUUGAAUCUCAGCUGGAAUGAUAUCCAAUACCUACCCAGUAGCAUGAGGGGCCUCUCUCAACUAGAAACGCUGGAUAUAGAACAUUGCGAGCAGCUAGUAGCUAUCCCUGAGCUCCCCAACAGUUUGAGAGUUCUGCGUCCUUCCAAGUGCAAAAGUUUACAAACCAUGCCCAAGCUAUCUCACCUUUCUCAACUAGAAACGCUGGAUGUAGAAUAUUGUGAGCAUCUGGUAGCUAUUCCUGAACUCCCCACCUGUUUGAAAGUUCUACAUGCUUUCGAGUGCGAAAGUUUGCAAACCAUGCCCAAGCUAUCUCACCUUUCUCAACUAGAAAAGCUGGAUGUAGAUUGUUGUGAGCAGCUAGUAGUUAUCCCUGAGCUUCCCACCAGUUUGGAAGCUCUACGUGCUUCCGGGUGCGAAAAUAUGCAAACAAUUCCCAAGCUAUCUCACCUUUCGCAACUAGAAACACUGGAUGUUAAAUAUUGUGAGCAGCUCGUAGCUAUACCUGAGCUUCCCACCAGUUUGGUAAUUCUACGUGCUUCCGGGUGCAAAAGUUUGCAAACAAUUCCUAAGCUAUCUCACCUUUCUAAACUAGAAAUUCUUAAUAUAGGGAAUUGUGAGCAGCUGGUGGCUGUACCCGAGCUUCCCGCUAGUUUGAAAUAUCUGGAUUUUUAUGGAUGCAGAAGUGUGCCAACCAUACCCAAGCUAUCUCACCUUUCUAAACUAGAUCACCUAGAUGUCUCAAACUGUGAGAAGCUAUUCGCUAUCGAGGAUCUUCCUACCACUUUGAAAAGUUUGAAGGCUUCCAACUGCAUAUCUUUGCAAAUUAUACCCAACCUCUCUCAGCUUUCUAAACUAGAAUACUUGGAUUUAACGAACUGUAAGUGGUUAAUUAAGAUACAUGGUAUCAGUGGGUUGAAAUAUUUGAGAAGAUUGUGCUUGCGUGGGUGUAACCCUCACUCUUGGAAGGGUGAAAAUCUAGCAGAUGAAAUGUUUCCAAGUUUACAGCACUCAAGUGUUCCUGGGAGCAAGGUUCCAAAUUGGUUCAUGUAUAAAUGCAUGCCAAGAUAUACAAGGAUCGAGGAAAUUAAGAAUCUAGAGGGGUGCAUUCGUCAACAAGUGAUGUGCACAUUGCCGAGGUCCUCAGAUGUAGGCCUUCGUAUCAAAGAAAUGAUGGUGUGCUUUGUUGUUUAUGUCCAUCACUUUAGUUGUCGUGGGUCGGACCAAUUUGUCAACUUAUUGAGCAAGAGGAAAGGUGCUAUAGUGGGUGGAACUCGAUUACGAAUUUAUCAACGCACCCACCAGAAUCAAAUUCUUUUUUACCGUGGUGGAGAUGACCUGAAUUAUGAGUUUAGGUUGCACUGGUUGGAAGAUGCGGAUCAAAUUGAAGUCGUGGUGCUAUCAAGACAAUGCGAGGAUCAACUUGAAGUCGAGAAUGAACGGCUUGAAGAACUGACACAAUGUGAGGAUCAACUUGAAGACAUAGAUGAAUCGACAGAAUACGAGGAUCAAGUUGAAGACCUAGAUGAAUUGAGGCCAUCGCCCUGCAUCCAUUUGAAGAAAGUAGGGAUCCAUUUUGUAUACAAUCAGUAGAUACUGAGGAUUUUAUAUGCGAAUCAAAAGAUACCGACGAUUUUAUAAACAAAUCAGAAGUUUCCAAGGAUCCUAUGGAUGAAAAACUGGCUUUCUUCAAUUCAUUGUAUGAUCAAUGACAAUUUGGAGCCUCGCUAUCUCUUAAGGCAUCUCCUUCUUGUGGAUCGUUUCCUCCUUUGAUCGACAAGCUCUUUGUAUUCUUCACUAUCUUUUUUACAUUUAUGAUAUGAGGUUCCCACUCAUGUUGAAUCCAAAGAAUUGAUUGAUAAUGGGCUUCUUGCUCUCUCAUAGAAUUGAUGGUGAGAUUAAUGGUGGAGACCUGUUUGGUUUAUGGAUUGUGGUAAGAAUCACUUGUAUCUAAGUUUUGAGUUUGUUAGGGAGAAGAGUGGUUUGCCAGUUAUUCAGAGAUUGUAACGAAGGUUCCAAACGUCAUGUAGUAAAUCUAAAUCCGAAGGUCGAUGAGAGAGCCGUCUUCAUUUAUAAGACGUUGAGACACUGACUCGGCCCAGUUACUCGGCCUACGGCAAGUACUGCUACGUACAUAUUUUUUAUAUAUAUUAUAUAUCCCCAGCUAUAAUCCAAUGGGUCCACUUGACUUGUUGGCCAUUUUAUA